AUUCAUGAACCAAAAUCGUGAUGCAUAGUUAGCGACUUCUGCUCGUGUUAGUAAUUAAGGAAGUAGUGCUGGGGUGUAUGUUUUAAUUCCCUACUCUCGCAGUCUGGUUUCGCCUAUCCUUGGUAUUGCGGCGGCGCAAGUGCUACUCACCCUUCAGCCGUCGGCUGCUGUCUGCUAUUCCGACACCCCCAAUUUGUCUAGAGUCAAUGGCGGAAGAAGCCGUGUUAGGAUAUCUAGAAAAGAACGAGGAGAUAUCAGAUUCUGGGAAAUUCGCAGAGGAGAAAGGAAUCAACCAUGAUGAGAUCGUCAAUAUCAUCAAGAGCCUCAACGGUUUCCGUCUUGUCGACGCUCAGGAUAUCAAGAAGGAAAGGUGGGUGCUCACCUCAGAGGGGGACUUGUAUGCUAAAUAUGGAUCUCCUGAGGUACAACUUUUUUCAGCUGUGCCACCAGAGGGUAUCACGCGAGAAGAGUUGCAGAGAGUUUUUACAUCACGAUUGCCAGAUGAUCUUGAGGAGAAGUUGAAGUCCUCAAUUUACAAAAUAGGCAGCACACAACAUAGCAAAAAAGCCAUAAAAAACAAGUGGAUAGAAAUGGGAAAGUCACAAGUAUCAAGGAAGGUCCAACAUGUUGAUGACAAAGUGAGAUAUCUGCUCAUACAGAUUCAAAAUGGUGAGGUUGUCAGCUCCGAGGACAUUGAUGCUCUGAAACGAAGAAAGCUUAUUAGUUCCCAGAUAUGGAAAGGCUAUUCCGUAAAGAAAGGUCCUAAGUAUGCUCCCAAAAGGAAAAAGGUCGCUACUGAUUUAACUCGUGAGAAUCUUCAAAGGGGGGAUUGGAAGGAGCUUGAGUUCAAAGAGUAUAACUUCCUUGCAAAGGGCCAGCCAACAGAAGGUGGCUGUCUCCAUCCGUUACUCAAGGUUAGGCGCCAGAUUCAGAUGAUAUUUCUUCAAAUGGGGUUUGAAGAGAUGCCAACAAAUAACUUUGUUGAAAGCAGCUUCUGGAAUUUUGAUGCGCUUUUCCAGCCACAGCAACACCCUGCUCGUGAUUCACAUGAUACUUUCUUUUUGAAAGAACCUUCAACCACUAGAAGGCUGCCUGAAGAUUAUGUUGAGCGGGUUAAACGAGUUCAUGAAUCCGGAGGUUAUGGGUCUCGGGGGUAUGGGUACGAAUGGAAGAGGGAGGAAGCUAACAAGAAUCUUCUGCGGACUCAUACUACUGCUGUUUCCUCCAGAAUGCUGUAUGCACUUGCUCAGGGGCCUUUUGCUCCAAAAAGAUACUAUUCAAUAGACCGUGUUUUUAGAAAUGAGGCUGUGGAUCGUACUCAUCUUGCAGAGUUUCACCAGAUAGAAGGGUUAAUUUGUGAUCGUGGCCUUACUCUUGGACACUUGAUAGGAGUUCUUCACGACUUCUUCUCUCGUCUAGGAAUGUCGAAGCUCAAGUUCAAGCCCGCAUACAAUCCUUAUACUGAACCGAGCAUGGAGAUCUUCAGUUAUCAUGAAGGUUUGCAGAAAUGGGUGGAAAUUGGAAACUCAGGCAUGUUUAGACCUGAGAUGCUGCUUCCUAUGGGGCUUCCUGAAGAUGUCCAGGUGAUUGCAUGGGGGCUUUCACUUGAAAGACCCACAAUGAUACUUUAUGGGAUUGAUAACAUCAGAGAUCUUUUUGGCCACAAGGUGGAUCUUAGUCUCAUCAAAAGAAAUCCAAUAUGUCGCCUUGGUCUUUAAUGCAAGACACCCCAUUAUCUUUACUUUGUUCUCUGUAAUAGCUUCGUGGUCAGAAAAUGAAGUCGAUUUCCAGAUUCUAUUGAUUAAAGAUUUGUGUCAUCAAUUCCAAAUUGUUAUUUUGCCAGUGACAUCUCAUACGACAGGUCUAUGGUUUCUAGAUUUCAUUUAAUUAACUUCAUGUAUGGAUAUACAACAAAAGUCAUGGAAAUACAGACUUUGAUGGCCGAAAUUUGGGGAUGGCCUGUUUGUACUU